UUCGGGAAGUGCGCGCUCCCGCUGCUGAUGACGGCUAAGCUAGCUAGCUAACCGGAGACAUAACAGUCAUCUGCUCCUCUUGUCACCGUUAAUGUCGUCCUUCAUUCCGGCGGAGCGUUUUAUUUACCAGCACACACACAUUUUAUAACACAGUUUAUAUCGGUGAUAUAUCUACGAUCAGGUUGGUUUGAUCCGCGGACUGGCCCCCAGUCUGAGCUAAGCUAACUGUUAGCCUCACAGCCAAAAUGGCGGACAACGAGGAUGACGGCGGUUCGACCAGAACAAUAACAGCCGCGGAGCCGCCCGGGGAUCAGAGCCCGAGUCCCGGGGAGAGUUCACAACCAACGGCCGCCGUGCGGAGCACUGAUGCCAGGGAGAGUUUAAGUCCAGCGGCCGCAGAGCAGAGCAGUCAACCCGGGGAGAGUUCCCCGGCAACGGCCGUAGAGCAGAGCCCCAAACCCGGGGAGAGUUCCCCGGCAGCGGCCGUAGAGCAGAGCCCAAAACCCGGGGAGAGUUCCCCGGCAACGGCCGUAGAGCAGAGCCCCCAGCCCGCGGAGAGUUCCGUGAUGCAGAGUUCCCCGGCCGGGUCCCUGUCGUUGAGCUGCCAGGGGGAACAGACCCUCCUGCUGGGCCCAGAGUUCUCCAGCCUGGGCCCGGACCUGGGGAACACCACCAUCCUGUACGUACAGCCGGACGGCAGCCUGGUGGAGGGCUCCGGGCUGACGGCCGAGGAGCAGCAGGCUCUGCUGGAGCAGCUCACCCGCCAGCAGAUCGUCCAGGUCUCCGACACCGAGGCCGCGCAGCUGCUGCAGCAGAGCCAGCUCCUCAGAACCAUCCCGGUCCAGAACACGGCCCUGGACCCGAGCCAGCUGCAGCAGGUCAUCAACCAGGUCACCAAGUCCCAGCAGCAGACCCAGGUCCAUGUGCAGGUCCCCAAACAGACUCCAGUCCCCCAGCAGCAGACCCUGAAGCAGCAGCAGACGCUGAUGCAGCCGGUCCAGGUCCCCCAGCAGACCCUGAAGCAGCCGGUCCAGGUCCCCCAGCAGACCCUGAAGCAGACGGUCCAGGUCCCCCAGCAGACCCUGAAGCAGCAGGUUCAGGUCCCCCAGCAGACCCUGAAGCAGCCGGUCCAGGUCCAGGUAUUAAAGACCCCCACCCAGAACAACGCUUCCCAGCAGCUGAAGAGCGUUGCCCAGCAGGUUGCUCUACAGACGGGAGGCUUGGUCCAGGUGGUCCAGAAGAAGUCAGAGCCUGUCAGGAUCCAGAUCCAGGUUCCCCCCAAACAGGAAGUGAAGUCUGCCGCCCCGCAGAAGAGUGUAGCUGUCAGUCAUCCGCAGGUGAAGCUUUCGGCCAAUGGCAGUGCUCAGAUCAUCCACAUCCAGCCUGUGGUUGGUCAGCAGGGUCAGCAGUUCUUCCUGCAGCAGAGCGCUGGCGACGCCCCCAUCCAGCUGCUGCUGCAGAGCUCCGCCCCCGUCGUGGGAUCUCUGCUCCCAUUGGUCCACAAGCUCACCGGCCAGACGCCAUCAGCAGGCCCCGUCUCCAGCCUGGCUCAGAAACCUGCGGCGUCCCCCGCCAGAGUCCAGACCCUGCCCACCACCGCCGCCGCUAAGGCUGUUAGCGUCCCGCUAACCAAACCCCCCGCUAACGGCACGGCGCCAGCCCCCAGCAAGAGUCCCGUUAAACCUCCUGCAGUCGUCACGGCGACCCCGGCACAGAGCGCCAAACCUGCUGCGGCCCGGCCUGCCCCCGUGGCGGCCCCGCCCAGCGUGGCCCCCCCGCCCACAAAGGAGAAGAAGUUGAAGAAGCGAGAGAAGAAGGCCCUGAAGGUGCAGACCAGGUCUGGGCGCGUGUCCCGCCCCCCGAAGUACAAAGCCAAAGACUACAAGUUCAUCAAGACGGAGGACCUGGCCGACAGCCACCAGUCCGACUCCGACGACUACUCCGACAUGAGCGUGGAGGACGAGGAGGGCGGCAGGAAGGACGGCGCCGCCUCAGGCUCCUCCCCCUCGCUGACAUACAGCCACAAGUCGCGCUCGCACCGCUGCCAGACCUGCGACAAGGCCUACAUCGGCGCCGGAGGCCUGAACCGCCACUACAAACUGAACCCGAGUCACGGAGAGCCCGACCAGCCCGGCAACACGCCACGCCCCCUCAGAGACAGCCAAUCACAGGAGACCACCACAGAAAGGGAGCCCGGUCCGCCCGGCAACACGCCACGCCCCCUCAGAGACAGCCAAUCACAGGAGACCACCACAGGAGGCGUCAGAGAGGAGGACAAACCUGCUGCCAUGGCAACAAACAGAGUGGACGGUGGUCCAGCGGCUGCUGCAGGGCUGCGGGGGCUCCACCAUCGUGGCCCGGGCCGGCCCCGAGGUCGAGGCAGAGGAAGGGGGCGUGGCCGGGGCCGGGUACUGGCUCCGCCUCCUAAGGUGACGGUGGGACUCGUCAGUAGGCGGGGCCGCCGCGGUCGCCCUCGGAAGAUCGCCGUUACCACGGUGACCUUGGAGCAGCAGGCGGAGAGGAGGCGAGACCGACUGCAGGAGCUGGUGGAGCAGUGUGAAGACGAGGAGCUGAUGGACGUCGUUCUUCCUCGUUUGACCAAAGUGUUGAGUCUCUGGGAGCUGCUGCUGGCUAAGGUGGAGGGUGGCGGUCCGGCCCGGACUCGGUUUCCAGACAUCUACCGUGAGUUUGAGUCCCUGCAGGCGCAGGUGAGACAGGCGGCUCAGGAUUACAUCAUCAGCCCGCAGGGGGGGGCCACGCCGCUGGAGGUCAGGAACAUCGAGGUGGCCCGGUGUCUGGGGAUCCUGGAUGAGGUGAACAAGAUGAAGGUGGUUCCUGGAGCGUCUCCCAGCUCCAAUCUGACCAAUAAGAACGUCCGAUACAUGGAGAAUUCCAAGAUGCUGCCGCCUUCAAAGAGAUUCAAGAUGGAGAACAGUGUUUCCAUUCACCAAAAUGGGAUCCAGACGGUCAAAACAGGCCGGACCACACUCUCUAGACCUCCCCCCUGCUGUGACUCUCUGUGA